AAAUCCUAUGUUACCCUUUCAAAACCUCCCUCUUCCUCUUCUCUGUAUCUUCCUCACUGUCUGCUAAAAUAAUCUCCAACCCUAAGUUAUUUGCACAUUAUAACAAUCAUCCUCCACAAUGGAAUUGAUGUUGGUGCCUCCAUCAUGGCUGGAACAACUCUUAUCCACCACAUUCUUCACCGUAUGCGAAACUCACAUCAACACACCCAGAAACGAAUGUAACAUGUAUUGCCUCGAUUGCAAGCACCAUUCAUUUUGUUUUUAUUGCAAACAAUCUUGGCACAAAGAUCAUCAAGUAAUUCAAAUAAGAAGAUCUUCGUAUCAUGAUGUUGUGAGGGUAGCAGAGAUUCAGAAAGUUUUGGAUAUCAGUGGAGUUCAGACUUAUGUGAUCAACAGUGCUAAAGUUAUUUUCCUGAAUGAGAGGCCUCAGAAUCAAUCAAAAACCAGUAACAUGGUUGGUGGUGGAAAAAGCAAUUCUCAUUUGUGUGAAAUUUGCAGAAGGAAUCUCUUGGAUCCUUUUCGUUUCUGUUCUUUGGGAUGCAAGGUUGAAGGAACAAAGAAGAAUGGGAAUGUGAGCUUUGUCUUAAGCGCAAAGAAAGACGAAGAAAUAGGGAGAAUGCAUGAAGGAAUGCGAAGAAGGUUGCCAUCAAAGGAAGAAUUGCGUGAAGGAAUCCACAAACAAGUGUACCAAAGCACGUCUUCUAAUUCACAUCUAAGGCCAUCCCUACAACAUGGUUGUUCAAAUUCAAGGAGAAGAAAAGGGAUACCUCAUAGAGCACCUUUAGGUCCAUAAUUGAAGUUAUAGUACAAUUAAGAAUAAUUACAAGUUUUAGUUUUGACAUUUUUAUUCUUAUGGUUUCAUGAUUAACUAAUUUCAAGCUGGAUUUGUGCUCUUUAUCCAGCUCAUUCCUCACAAACCCAUGUGGGUUGGAGUGUCCUUAAACCAAAGCUGUCUUAAUGGAGAGCAUUAAUUUUUUAAGUACCUAAAGAGAGAGCAAUGUUGAUGUUACUUUUCAAGAUAGGCUGGCUUUGGCUGCAAUAAUGCUAUGCUUUGCAUUCAUUUGAAUAUAAUGAAUGAAACAUCCUAGUUGUAAAUGUUCCUU